GCGCAUCUAUACAAAUACAUAUAUUUGCUAUCUCCGUCGUUGCUCCUCAUACACAAAGCGAAUGUUUCUGCCGUGUUGAAUUAUUGUCCUUCUCCUUCGAAAGCUCGUGGAUUGUACUCCUCUUCUUGCGCAAAGGUACGACCUUUUCUUUUCCGCUUACGGGCACACCUUGUUUUUCUCUCUUCACAUUUCUCUUUUGGUGUGUCUCCGUAGGCGUUGGACCUCGCCGCCACAUCCCCCGCUACCGUCCUUUGACAGGUGUACAAAAACGUAGUACCGCAAUGUAUCGCCGAUUUGCCGCCGCGCCACGGGCGCCGUCGCGGUGCGCAGCGGCGUCUCUGGUGCUUUCCCCGCGAUUCAUUCGCGGUGGUUCCUCCGUCGCGCCAUGCUACUCUGCACUCCGAUUGGCGUCUUCUUCACCCAGCGCCGUGAAGAGAGAGUUGUGCUCCCCUAUGCGUCUUCCUGCCGCUGUUUUUGGAAGCGGAACUGUAGCAUCCUUGCAGCCCGGCGGCACGCAACGCCGCUUUUUCUCCUUUACCACCCGGACCUCAAACACGCAGAGAACUACCGUUUCUGAUGCAAAAGCGACUCCGUCCUCUCCGGCAAUAACAGUCGAGAAGUCAGCAAUGCCAUCGCCCGCCUCCGCUUCCGAUCUUGCCUCGCCGGUCGUCGAUCCGGCCGCCAGCGCCUCGCACGUAGAGGCGCAGCGGGACCUCGAAGCAAAGCUGAUCAAGCUGCGGCAGCUCUACCUCGAGCCCUACGACUCGGUGUAUCAUUUCCUGAACCCGCUGAAGAGCACGACGCCGAUGGUGCUAAUGCUGGGCAACCACAGCUCAGGCAAGUCCACAUUGAUCAACUACCUUGCGGGGCGUCAGAUUCAGGAAACGGGUAUCGCCCCGACCGAUGACGGGUUCACGGUGAUUAAGCGGGAUACCUUCGACAUGGACGCGGACGGGCCGAGUGUGGCGAGCAACCCGAAAUAUCAGUACCAGUCCCUGCAGCAGUUCGGCAUUGCGUUUGUGACCCACUUCAAAAUGAAGACGCGCAAGAUGCACGAGACGUCGCAGGUGCCGAUGGACAUGGUGCUCAUCGACACCCCAGGCAUGAUCGACACCCCGCUGCACAGCAGCAAGUCGACCAUGGUGCCGCCCAACGCCGGCGAUGCGAUGUACGUCAGUGACCAGACCCGCGGCUACGACUUUCUCGGUGUGACGCGGUGGUUUGCGCAGCAGAGCGACGUGAUUCUGCUCAUGUUCGACCCCGCCAACCCUGGCACCACAGGCGAGACGCUCGACGUCCUCACCAAGUCGCUUGCCGGCUACGAGCACAAGUUUCUGCUCGUCAUGAACAAGGCAGACCUGUUUGAGAAGGUGACGGACUUCGCCAGGGCGUACGGUACGCUGUGCUGGAAUCUCAGCAAAGUGAUGAAGAUGAAAGACAUCCCACGCGUGUACACGACGUGCACCCCGCUAGGUAAAACGAUGAGCGGAGCAGCAGGGUCGGCGGCGAAGCCCCCGGGCAGUGGCAGCGCCACCACCAUGUCGGAUGCCGAGUUGUCUCGGCAGCGCAACGAAAUCGUAGGCGAGAUCAUGUCUGCCCCGAUCCGCCGGAUGGAUAACUUAAUAACGGAGACGGAGGACAGCGCGCGCAACCUUCUGCUGGCCGUACGCGCCGCCAAGGUCUUACGCCAGGACUACCGCCAGCGGGAGCUCGUAGUCUUCUCUGCUCUCGCCGCGGUCUGUCUCUUCUGCCCUGCUGUGGCAACGCUUCUGUCUUCUGUCAGCCUUGCCGGUACUCUCAUACUGGUGCCGCUGUCGGUGGCGGUGGGCUGCGGCGGGUUGAUGGUGGCGCGGGCGCACUUGAAGGAGUUCGAGCGUCACCUCCUCGACUCGUCCGAUUACGUGCUGAGCCGCCUCUUCGCCUUCAAGUCGCGCACGAAGGACGUGGAGCUGCGCUGGCACCGCACCGUGAAGCCGGAGAUGAUGCGGGUGGCGACGAUCUACCACGACAACGGCGCCAACGGCGUCACGGCGCUGCCGACGUGCUCCGCCCGGGCCUGCCGCGGGAUGGAGGCGGUCGUCAAUGAUGAAAUCCCCUCUCUGCGCCGCGCCGUCGCUGAGUACAAGGAGUCGUACUUUCGCGGCAGCGGCAAAUCCACCAGUCGCGCUAUCGAGUAA